GGCGGGCCGGGGCUUCCCUUCGGGGCAGCUCGGCGGAGACUUGCCCCGGGCCGAGGGGCCUGGCCCGGGCCGCGGGCGGGGCGGCGGCUGAGAGAGCGCCGGGGACCGCUUCCCGGGCGGUCCCUGCGGCAGCCGGAGCGGGACUCGUUCCGGCGGGACACGGAGUGGCGCCGUGCCCGUCACGGCGAGGAGGGGCUUUGGCUCGCCAGCGAUCCGCUUGCCGGUGCCCUCGGGAGGCGCGAGAUGGGAAUGGCAGAAGAGUUCUGCUUGUUUGUUUUCGUGCGGGACUGCAUCCAGAAAACACUGACUGAGUGGAGCUCAAAGAUCGGCCAAGACCAAAAUCAGGAAACACUGGAGGUUCUGGAAUGUACUGUAGCUCAAGCUAUAGAAAAAAUAAAUCCUGAAGAAAGGGAUGAGUUGAAAGUAUCAGCAAAGCUUUUCGUCAUUGGAUCAAAUUCUUCAUCGAUCAGAGAUGCAGUUGACCUGGCGUGUUCUGCCCUCGGAGUUGCUCAGUUAGACUCAGUCAUUAUUGCCCCACCUCCUGUUGAAGAUGGAACUAACCUGUCCUUGGAAUAUUUGCAACCUUAUUGGAAAGAACUGGAAAAUCUAGUUCAAAAUAAAAAGAUUGUUGCCAUAGGUACCUCUGACCUAGAUAAAACACUGUUAGAGCAGCUGUAUCUGUGGGCACAGGUGAAACCAAGUAGUAAUCAGGUGAACCUAGCUUCUUGUUGUGUGAUGCCACCUGAUCUUACAGCAUUUGCAAAAGAAUGCGACAUACAGCUGUUAACUCACAAUGACCCCAAAGAAUUACUUUGUGAAGCAAGUUUCCAAGAAGUUCUCCAGGAAAGCAUCCAGAACGUGAAAGCAAACAAGUGGAUUCCUUUAUGGCUUCUGCGGUAUUCAGUCAUUGUUAAAAGCAGAGGAAUUAUCAAGUCCAAAGGCUAUAUCAUACAAGCUAAAAGAAAUGCAUCUUAAAACACUUUUUUUUUUUUUUUUUUUUUUUUUGUAAAAUAAAAAUUUCUUUGGGAUGGGGGAACAUUGCAUUUUUCAUAGAAAGAUUUUUACAGCAUUUAUAAUGAACUACCAAAAGUUGUAAUUAUUCAGUGUGAUGUCAGUCGGAGUGUCUGUAGUGUUCUAACACUAUUUUUCUUUCGUCACUGUCGAUAGGUUCAUUCAAAAUAUCAAAUAUUUUGGGGCUUUUUUUAUUAAAGUAAUCUAUAGAGUAACAGUUUAAAAUAAUUUUCUGUUUAUGACCAGUUCACUGUAAAAAUUAUCCUUAUAUUUUAGCUGCCAUUAGGUACUAUGGAGAAACAUAUAUUUUUGAUUUUUUUAAAAAACAAAUUUCUCUUAAAUCAUACUUAGCUGGUGGGUACACAUUUCAAACAUUCAAGGACUAGCUUUUAUAGAAAAUUGUCAUCUUUUAUGAUAUGAUAUCCCCAAAAAAUUAAGCUGGUAUCUUAUUACUUGAUAUGUAUAUAUAGGCAAGUCAGCUGUUUAAUUUCUGGGGGUGGGAAAAUUGGUUUAUUUUUAAUAGAGUGGAAAGGACCCCUAUGAUUUAGAAGAAAAUGCAUCUUCCAAAUUACUUUCUGACUGUUACUUGAAUUCCUUCUGGCUUCUUUGUGCCUCGAUACGCUUAAUUUAGUGUUCGCACAAGUGUGAUGGCAUUUUUACUGUUUGAAAUAGAAAAUUAAUUAAUAGUGAAUGUUUAAAAUAAGAUUUGAAAACAAGUGAUGAAGAAAUCUGUUAAUCAAAAACUGAAUUGUGCCUGUCUCCUUCUCAACUGUGGCUUGUUUCUUUGAUACUUGUGAACUACACAAGCAAUUAGCCAAGUAGAAUAGACAGUAAAUGGUGAUGCUCUUCACUAAAAUUAAUUUUGUGGUUGCCCAGAAAACUUGUUGCUUGAGUGCCAUUCAGGAAAAAUGAAGCAAGGCUUAGCUUUAAGUUAGAUAUCUUUCUGAUUGACAGUAGCUUAGUGCACUGGCUUUUUAAUCCCAGAGUUAUUGCUGCAGCUAAGGCAAGGUUUUUGAUUUAAUGUAGUCUUUCUAUCAAAAAGGCCUUUUCCUUUCCUUGGCCUUUAAAUCAGAGUAGAUAGCUAAAGUUCAGCUUGUAGUUAGCAGGAACUUUGAUACUGAGUCUCUAAAAUAGUAAAUUACAUUUCAUUUUCAGACAGGGGCAUGGCCUCAUACUGGUAGUAUUCAUUAACUUUGUUGUAGAUACUUUGAGAUUUGGAUUGUAAGGGAAUGAAUUUUCACUGACAUCUUUCAAAUUCUUUAUAUAGGCAGCAAGUGGAAUUUGAAUGCCUGUAGGUAGUGUCUGGAGUGUCAGCUUCCUAUAAUCCAUUCCACUAAAUUGAAUGAUGAAGGUUUUUCAAGGUACCUUAGUCCUCAAAUAUAUUUGUAGUGGCAAAUAGCUGGAAAUUUUCUUGGCUUCUUCAGUUCUUUUGAUAAAUGAGAGACACAGGGAAUUGCAACUAGUAAUGCAUCAAUAAAAGUUUGGAUUUUUUUCUCAUAAUAAAAA